CGUCUGAUCUCUCGCUGUUCUUGGUGUUUCUGUAGAGCAGAUGGAUCUGACUCUUCAUGCCCCAUCCGUUCCUUUAUUUUUUUUAGCUCCAAUAACCAAGGAAAACUUGAUCAGUACCUGGACUCGACUCCUCGGACAAAAUAAUUUAAAUUUGACUGAAACAGUUUCCAUGCAAGCGUUAUGGCUGUGUCUAAGAAUCGUGGCACCCUGCGGGAUCUUCAGCUGGCUCUGCAGCUGAAGAUAGAGGAGCUCCGACAGAGAGACGCUCUCAUCGAUGAGCUGGACGCCAAGGAUGAUCUGAUCCGACAGCUGCAGGUAGAGCUGGACAAGCAUCGCAACUCCUCGCAGCAGCACAUAGCCACCCCUGAGCAGCCAGUAAACACAGAUGAUGUGACCAGAUGUUUGAACGACGCUGUGGCUGUGGGCUGUGGGUUCUUUUCCUGUCUUGAAAACUCGACCUGUGACACCGACGGCAUGCACGAGAUCUGUGAGCUGUUCCUUCAUGCUGCUGCCACCUUCAACACAGAAGGUAAAACCUUUGUGAAGAAGAGUCUGCAGUGCAUUUCCCAGGGAAUCUCUAACAAAGUCUUCCAGACCAUCCGCCGCUGUAGCAUCUUCCAGAGGAUGAUUGCUGAGGUUCAAGAGGAGUGUUACACUAAUCUAGACAUCUGCACUGUGGCUCAAUUGAACCCUGAUGCCAUUGGAGAGGUGGUACAGGUGCCGACUCACUUCCCCAACAGAUACUAUAGCACGCUGCUACAGACGCUGCAGGCCUGUGAUGAACAGACAGUGACAGCGGUGAGGACUGGGGUCAUGACCCGCCUGGGGCCCGACAUGGCAAGCUUCCUUCAGCUCGUCCAGAACAAACCCUGCACCCCCAGCUCUGACUCUGGUGCCUACAACAACCCGUCCAGCUGGAGGAACAUGCCUGUGUUUAACAUCCAGCCUGGCUUCAGGGGCCGCGACCCCACUCACCUGUUUGCCAAGAGAUCUGUGGACAACCAGGACAAAGAGGAAGGGGUUCGAGCUGACAAUUAGAUGACUAAUUCUGAAAAAAUAUAUAUUAUUAAAAAUUAUUCUGAUAUCUACAGGAGCAAACAGCUUUAGGUGGUAAUUUGGGGGAAUUUAUGAUUCUUCCAUAUCAUCCAUGAGUUAACUGAUGUGAUCUUGUUACAUGCAUUGUAAAGGUCACUCUUAUUACUCUUAUUAUAAUUGAUCUGUAUUGUCCAAAAUUAAUUUAUUAGUGUGUCAUGGUGGUAUAUUAGCCAGAGAAAAAAAAGGAGGAUGAGGUGUACAGAAGAUGCUUUCAUGCUGGUCGUGGAGCCUCAUUUUACUGGUCUUUAAAAUCACUUUAUAAGCUGUUAUGUUUAAAAAUGCUUCAGUGUCUAUCAAAAUGUGGAAUUCAACUUGGCUAGUUGUAAAACUGGAAAUAAAUGAUAUGACUUAUAA